ACCGACGUCAGGUUACCGAACCAACGAUAUGAAACUACUAUAAAGUAAAGUACUAUGGGAAAAAUAUGUGCGUGCUUUUCUGUAUUGUUGGCACUGAUAUUUUUACAAGUUUUUAUAUACCAAGCGAUUUUCAGAAAAAAUUAUGGAGUUGGAUACCAUGUGUCAAUUCAUGACACAUAUGCAUUUCAUCAGAACGAAAUAGUUUCUCAGUCAGCAAAUUUGGAGGAUACAUCAAAAGGACUAUUAUUUGAAUACAAUAAAACUUGGACGUAUAUUUUUUCUUUGUGCAAAAAUUCAGAAGCCGACAGAAAAUAUAUACAAGCUCUAGAAGAUGGAUAUGUACUUCUGCUCUCUCGAGUGGAAGAAGUCCUUAUGUUCGCGUCAAACUCUAAAAACAACAGUAUUGAAUUUGCAGCAGAGAAUUUCAUCACUUUCUGGAAUCUAUUUUCGGACAUGAAACAUUUAUGGAUGCAAACCAUGACUGUAUUUCGGGAGAUCGGAUUAGUAGAAACCGAACGGAAAAUAAUCGGUAACAAAUUUUGGCUUCUUCUUGGUAUAAUAAAAAACUUAAUGGAGGCAUCUGAAAUAGAAAGGAAGAGAAUACUAGAUGAUCUUUCCUCAAAAGUGAUGAUGAAAAUCCAACAACUUCAGAAUCCCAGGGACUGCAUGAACACUCGGCUACUGAUUUGUAAAAUAAAUACCAAAAAAGACUGUGGAUUUGGCUGUGAGACUCACUCACUCAUCAGCUGCAUUAUGAGGGCUCUUAGGAGUCAACGAACCCUGAUUUAUAUUAGUAAAGGAUGGAAAUAUGCUAAACAUGGUCGAGAAUAUGCAUUUGUUCCGUUGAACAACUGCUCGACACGGUCAUCUACUGAAUCAUAUGAUACCGCAGAAGAUACUGAAAAUGCAACAAUCAUCAAAACAGACUCAAACGCAUAUAAAGAAUGGAUAGGUUGGUCUAUUCCACGUCAGUUAGCACCUACUUUGCAAAAAUACCAUGCGGAACCAUUUCUUUGGUGGAUCGGGCAAUUGAUAAAAUAUGCAAUGAAACUUCAACCAUGGAUGGAAGAAGAGUUUAACAACACAAUCACGCGUAUAGAAUUCACAGGCCCUGUUGUUGGGAUACAAAUUCGCAGGGGAGAUAAGUUGAAAGCUUCUGGAGGAUUUCAUGAGGUUGAUGAAUACAUGUUCUAUGCUGAUCAAUAUUUCAACAAUUUGAGGAAAACCAACAAACAUAUUCAACCAAAAGUAUUUCUAGCUACAGAAGAUGAAUACGUUUUGCCAGAAUUGACAAUGAGAUAUCCCGACUAUAAGUUCCUCGUCAGCAAUCACGUUGCGGAAAAAAUAACAAAGCAUAUUCGUUAUGGUGAAGGUGGACUGGAAGGAAUAAUAUUUGACAUAUUAUUUCUGUCAAGAUGUGAUUAUAUUGUUUGCACCUUAUCUUCAAAUGUGUGUCGCGCUGCAUAUGAAGUAAUGUCAGCAAAUCGUGUUGAUGCAGCGACUCAAAUUCAGUCAUUAGAUACCGGCCAUCGACUGAAGAACAUUCUUUUCGCUCCAUGGAGAGCCACAGCUGACCAUCACCCUAUUAAAUCCGAGGAACUUGAGUUGCAAAAAGGUGACACGGUGAAAGUGUCGAUGUUUUAUCGUGAUUCGGUAAACGAUGGAUAUGUAUUGGCACGUAAUCAGGCUACGGGAAAAGGGAAAAUCCCAGCCUAUAAGGCUCGGGAAGAACUAACUCUUUUAGAUUUCCCUAUAUUUGAGCAGUAAACGUUAUUAAUGCAACCAGCUCUCUGUUCUAUUGCUAAUUAGCAGCUUCUGUCUGAACUGGAUAAAAUUUUAAGGGUCCUUUUCCAUGAAAUCACCGAAACCUUUUCACCUAAUUUUACAAAAAUGUUCACUUUCAAUAGACAAUAUUAUCAGAGUAUUGAUAGUAUCAAUUUUUCCACAAAGCAUAGUAGACGUCUCAAAUGAGUACAAUAAAACUUUGAGAUAUAUUAUCUCAUUGUGCGAAAAUUUAAAGCUGACAGCAAAUAUAGAC